AGGGAGGAACUUUGGAGGCCCUGCCUACAGCACCAGGUGGGAGCAAGCUUAGCAGUUUCCCAGUCGGCUUUAAGAAGGGCCUUGGAGACCCUCACCUAAGGCACAAAGUGGGACAUGCACACAAGAGUUGUCAUCUCCACCCAGACAUCCUGUUGUGGCGUGCUGUGUGCUUCUUUUUAAUAUAGAGGAAGUUGACGACCUGUCACAGCAGUACAGCCCAGUAUGACUUGGUGGGCAGCGCUCAGCUUGCUGGCUUGGUUCCCCUUACAAGAGGUCUCUCUGAGUGACGUCACCAAAGCCUACACCAACCACAACAACAGCUUCAUCAUCAACCACACCAAUGCCACGCUGAUUGGCCAAACCGUUGUCCUGGAAGAAGGCCAGAGGCUUGUUCUAAGCUGUGUCGUUUCUCAGGCGAAGAACUACUCCCUCCAGUGGGUGGCCCCCUCAGGGUUUACCAUUUUUUUUAAUGACCAUCCUGCUUUAAAAAACUCCAGAUACCAACUUGUUCAUCACUCAGCCAAUGAGCUCUCCAUCAGCUUGCCUAAUAUAACUGUGCAAGAUGAAGGCACCUACAAGUGUUUGAGUUAUAGCAACACUUCCGUGAAAACGAUGGAAAUAGAAGUGGCUGUGCUAGCAACUCCUACCAAGGCGUUCAUGGAAAUCUCACUUUUCAAAGGUGAAAGUGAAAAACACGUUGUAUUUAAAUGCCACGCCAGGGGAAGUAAGCCCUCUUCGCAAAUUACCUGGAGACUGAACAACGGCAUGGAGUUCUCCAGUGGCAACUUAUACAGUUUUGAACCUGAUAGGAAGAAAUCUGAUACUACCAGCACCCUCGAUGUAUAUACCUAUGACGAAAACUCAACAGCGGACUGCCUUAUCCGGCACCAAGGCCUACGAGGGAAGAAACUGAUAAUACCCUUCCGGUUUAAAGAGUUGGCUACCGAUCAAGGGAACGGUGCAGAUACUUGGGAGGCAAGUGCUCCACCCUCUCAAUGCCCUCAGCGUUCCACUGGUACUGUCACAAUAACGCAAAUUUUCGGUGUAUCAGAGAAUGACAAGAAAAAGGAUGGAACCAUUGAAGAUCCUGAUUUGAUUACUAAAGAGAAUUCCAAGUCUCUAAGCUUGGCGAGUAAGAAAAGUGGCAUAAUCCUACUCAGCCUUGUGUCCUUCCUCCUUUUGGCCCUCUUCAUCAUCAUUCAGCUCUUCAUAAUGAAGGUGUGGAAGUCACGUGCCGUAUGGAAAAGAGAAACUGAAAUUCCAGGUCACAUGAUAGAAAGUAACAAAUCUAGGUCAAAUACUGAAGAAACCUCAUCCCAAGACAAAAACAGCCAAAGACAUAAAGAAGACUUUGACUCCAAGGAGGUUACUUUAAAGACUGACUUAAUGAAGAGCAACAAGCACCUGCAACGUCAGGGAGAAACUGUGCAUAAUAAUGAAGAGGUCUAAACAGUCGUUGAGCUUCUUUGGUAAGGAGUGUCUGCUUAAGCAUUGUGCUGUUUUAAAGAACUGUCUACAAGGGAUCAAGCUGACAACAGCAACUCGAAAGAUUAGAUGAGAAGCUUAAGAGAGUAGUGAGUUUAUGUUAAUGGUGGAGGGAUAAUUUGGAAAAGGGUAGUGCGAAUGCUUGCACAACUUGAAGAAUGUAAUCAGUGUGACUGAACUGUACAUGAAGAAAUUGUUGAGUUGGUGUAUGUUUUGCUGUGUGUGUGUGUAUAUAUAUAUAUAUGUACAUAAUAAUGAAUGGGUCUGAUGAACAUGAACGUCCCAAGCUCCAAGGAGUUAGUUCAAGGUAAACUGAAAGAUUAUAUUUUCUUAGAUUUUCUUGCCAAAUCACAUGAGCUAACCUGAUAGACCAGUGUUUACCUGGACACGUCAUAAGAAAACAUGAAUUUAAUUUAUUGUCUAUUAACCUAAUGAAUGCUUUUAAAAAAAGAUAACUUUAUUUAGUAAAGAGCAAAAUCCAUAUUUGUCUCUCUAGUGGCUGUAUUCCAAGUUGUACUUCCUGCUAUCACUUUCACUGCUUUAUAGCAUGUCUCUCUCUUUUUUUAAAAUCAUUUUAUUUAAGGUACAGCAAACUCUGGUGUUUAUGUGAUUUCUUAAGAAUCACAAAGUUACAGAAAGUUGUCAAGGUAGUACAAAGCAUUUUUCCCCCUGAACCAUUUGAAAGUAAGCUAGCAUGGUGCUUCCUCAUCUCCCAAAUACUUUAGCAUGUAUUGCCUACCAACAGGGUCAGUCUCCUCUACAACCAAAAUGUAGUCAUCAAAAUCAGGAAAUCAGCAUUGAUAUAUUUCUACUAACAGUCUUCAGGUUCAUUCAAGUUUCUCCAAUUGUCCCAAAGGAUCGAGUUCAGGAUUAUUUGUUUCAUUUUAGCCUCCUUCAGUUUGGAACUUUCCUUGCCUUUCAUAACUAACAUUUUUUUUAAAGAUUACAGGCCAAUUAUUUUGUAUGCUCUCCCUCAUUUUGGGUUUGUCAGGUAUUUCCUUGCGAUUAAAUUCAAGUUAUGCAAUUUUGACAGUACUAUCACAGAAGAGAUGUUUAUCUCAUUGCAGCCUAUAAGGUGGUACCUGAUUUCAAUUUAUCCCAUUUUAUUGGUGAUGUUCACUUUGAUCACCUUAUUAAAGUUGUAUAUACUAGACUUCUUCACUGUAAAAUUACUCUAUUUUUCUUUGUAAAUUAAUAACAUUGGGGGGGAGAUACUUUUUAAAUAUGCAAAUGUGCUAUUCCUUAUCAAAUUUUUAAGUUAUUCAUUUAUUUAUGUAUAUCCGUAUAGACUCAAGGUUUCCUUUGUUAUUUAAUGUCUAUAUGUUUGCAAUCUGUUACUGUCAAAUAAACAUAUCACUAAUUUGAUCCACGAAUUGUGGAAGGUGUCGUCUGCAUCCUUUUGAUAUGUACCCAUCAAUCUUUGAGAACUUUCUCACUUUCUGGUGCAAGGUGUUCCAGGUUCUUCUUAUAUCUUCCUGCCCUGGUCUUGGAAUCAGCCAUUACUCCAAGAAGCCCUGGUUCCUUUUAGUGGAAAAU